UCCUAAUGUCUAAUCUAAAUCUCCCUCCUUCCAAUUUAAAGGCAUUGCCCCUCAUCCUGUCAGUCCAUGCUGUUGUAAAAAGUCCCUCCGCAGCUUUCCUGGAGCCCCUUUCAGUACUGGAAGCUGCUCUAAGGUCCCCCCAGGCUGAACCCCAACUCUCUCAGCCUGUCCUCAUGCAGGAAGUGCUUCAGCCCUUGGAUCAUCUCCGUGGCCUCCUCUCAACCCAUUCCAAUGGUUCCAUAUCCUUUUUGUGUUUGGAAUGCCUGAACUGGAGACAGGGCUUCAGGUGGGGUCUCACGAGCAUGGAGCAGAGGGGGAGAAUCCCCUCCCUUGACUUGCUGCAGGUGUAAGGAUUAAGGCAGUUCAGAUUUGUCGCGUUGUCCUGCCAAAGCAGUGAUUGUCCAAAACCAGCACUGAGGAGGGGUGCAAGCGGGUUGUAGCCUCCAAACUGUCAGUGUGUGUCUCAGAGGGGUUAGAGCCGUCUCCUGAAUCUCAAAUCAGGCCGUGUCUCUUCCAAGGGCUUCUGCAAGCCUAGAUUUAUGGAAUUGUGUCAGUACAAGAAAAUACAUCUGCAAAUGCAUGCUACAACCUUCGCCCUGGGCAGUCCCAGGAUAAACCCAGUGCAGCGUGAGCUCCCAGCAUCCAGGUGUUUAUUUUUUGGAUAUUCCCAAAGAGCUGGCAGAGGAAGAGGUUUCUCUGCAGGGGAGGAACGGGAGGGCUGCAGCGGGCUCCGUCUUUUGGACUGAUCCCCAAACAAGCAGGUCUGGAGCCUUUCCAAAAGGCACGAGGGGAGGCUCUUCAUUUACAUCCCAGCAGAGGAAGCUGCUGUUUGAGUCAGAGAGGGGAUUUCUCUCCGCAGAACACGAAUGCCGAGAAAUCUUUUGAUCUCUAGGCUGAGCGAGCAAAGGGUUACGAAUCCCUGUCCCGUUUGAGCACUGGAUUGUGCUGCCCUGGGCGUUGGGGAUCUGUUCCGCUGUCUUGCGUUCUCUAGGGCUGAAAUGGGGACAGUGGGGCUGAGAUGAGAACCGUGGGGCUGAGAUAGGAACCGUGGGGCCAAGAUGGGAACCAUGGGGCCAAGAUGGGGCCCAUGGGCUUCUCCAGGGUGCGCCCAAGCAGAUGGCGCUCCUGCUUUGCGUGUCCGCCGCCGCCCAAGGCUGUCGAGGCAGGCGGUUUCCUGGAACCGGAUCCUCGGCCUCGACAGAGCCGCCUCUGCCAUCGCUGCUUGUAGCCAUGGACCUGCGAGCGGAGCUGCUCAAGUCCAUCUGGUACGCCUUCACCGCCUUGGACGUGGAGAAGAGCGGCAAAGUCUCCAAAUCCCAGCUCAAAGUGCUGUCUCACAACCUCUACACGGUGCUGUGCAUCCCCCACGACCCCGUGGCGCUGGAAGAGCAUUUCCGCGAUGAUGAUGAUGGGCCAGUGUCCAGCCAGGGUUACAUGCCGUACCUCAACAAGUACAUCCUGGAUAAGGUGCAGGAAGGUGCUUUUGUCAAAGAAAACUUUGAUGAGCUCUGUUGGACCCUGACGGCGAAGAAGAAUUACAAGCCCGACCGGAAUGGGAACAGCGUUAUAUCCCACCAAGAUGCCUUCAAGCUCUGGUGUCUCUUCAACUUUCUUUCUGAAGACAAAUAUCCUCUCGUCAUGGUGCCAGAUGAGGUGGAGUACUUGCUAAAGAAGAUCUGCACGGCCAUGAACGUGGAGCUGAAUUCCUGCGAGCUGGAUGACUACCUCUCCCAGGAGUCACAGGGGCAGGGGGGGCUGACAGUCUGGCAGUUCCUGGACAUGGUGAACUCAGGGCGGUUCCUGCGAGGCAUCGAGCAGGAGGCUGUCAGCAUGGCCGUGGAGGAGGUGUACCAGGAGAUCAUCGAGGACGUGCUCAAACAGGGUUACCUCUGGAAGAAGGGUCAGCUGAGGAGGAACUGGUCCGAGCGGUGGUUCAUGCUGAAGCCCAGUGUCCUGUCCUACUACAUGAGUGAGGAACGGAAGGAGAAGAAGGGGAGCAUCACGUUGGACAAGCACUGCUGCGUGGAGCUGCUGCCUGACCGAGAUGGGAAGAGGUGCAUGUUCUGCGUGAAGACCUCCUCCCGCACCUAUGAGAUGAGUGCCUCCGACACCCGGCAGCGCCAGGAGUGGACGUUAGCCAUCCAGACGGCCAUCCGACUGCAGGCUGAGGGCAAGAAGUCCCUGCACAAAGACCUGAAGCAGAAGCGACGGGAGCAGCGGGAGCAACGAGAGCAGCGGAAGGCGGCCAAGGAGGAGGAGACGCAACGGCUCAAGCAGCUCCAGGAGGAGAAGGAGCGGAAGCUGCAGGAGCUGGAGCUGCUCAAGGAGGCCCAGCGGCAGGCAGAGAUACUCUUGCAAGAGGAAGAGCAGCGGCGGAGGCAGCAGCACGAGGAGAUGCAGAGGACCCUGGAGAUCCAGCUGCAGGAGGCCGAGCAGGCUCGUGCCUCCAUGCAGGCGGAGAUGGUCCUAAAGGAGGCAGAGGCAGAGCGUCAACGCAAGCGCAUCCUGGAGCUGGAGGACAUGCAGGAACGGCUCCAGGAGGCCCUGCAGCAGGAGGUGAAAGCACGGCAGGAUGAGGAGGCUGUGAGAUAUGCACAGGCCAGGCUACUGGCUGAGGAAGAGGAGAAGCUGAAGCAGCUAAUGAAGCUGAAGGAGGAGCAGGAGGAAUACAUCAUCAAAACGCAGCGGGAGAAGCAAGUGCUCAAGCAGGAGAUGGAGAACAAGAACAAGUGUCUGGAAGAGGCACAGAAGCAGCUGGAAGAAGUGAGAGUGAACAGGCAGCGGGUGGACCAAGACGUCAUGGCGGCCCAGAAGAAGCUGCGACAGGCCAGCACCAACGUCAAGCACUGGAACGUCCAGAUGAACCGACUGAUGCAUCCCAUCGGGCCAGGAGAUAAGCGUACAAACGUGAGUGGAGGAGGCUUCGCUGGCUAUCAACCCCUCCUUUCCCAGAGAGAUUCCUCCCUCAAACUCAAGCAGAAAGCGGAGGAUAAAAGCGGUGUCCCUGCGAGGGAAAACAGCAAAGAAAACGUGAGCAACGGUGGGAACAGCAACAUACCGCCGUCUCCGGAUGCGGAAACCAUGGCCACAGAGCCCACCAACUAACCCGGCAGGAGGGCAGAGCCAGCACAUCCCUCCGAGCGGACGCAGUCAAUACGGCUCUCUCUGCAGAGAUAAGUGGGGACCAGCACAGAGCCUAGAGGUGACUACAUAUAUGGCAGAGACGCUCCCAUUUUCUUCAGGGAAGGGCUGCGGCCGUGACAUGCCAGGAGGCUCAGAUGCUGCGGAGAAGGCGGCUGGACCAUCUCCUCUGGGCUGCCCAGGUGUGGGAUCCGGACCCAACUCCCCAGACCCUGGUUUCCACCAUGACUAAAAAGGAAGCCACUGGUGGAUCUGGACCACAUGGCCCAGGGCUGCAGUUCCCCCUUGGUUUCUACCAGCAACUCUUCUGCAUCGCCCGCUGCGCCCCUGCGUGCGUAGCCUGCGAUGGCAGCUGCCAGGGAAACCUUGGCAGAUGGGAGCGGUGCCUUCUUGCCGCCCCCACAGAAAGGCUGGGGUGUCCUUAACCAAGACGUGCAUUCCCCGAAGGUGGUUGUUAGUCACUGGAGUCACGUAGAUGUUAGCAGAAACCAAGAAGCAAUAAAGCUUUUGGAGCCGCUGG